AUGGAUCUACGUUCUUGGGUUUCCGAUAGCGUGAUGAAAUUACUUGGAAUGUCUGAGAAGAUCUUUGUAGAUUACAUUAUUGCUGAAGCACAAUCUUGCAAAACUCGAGAGGCUUUACGAGAAAAGUUGGAAGAAUUACCACAAACAACAGAAGCUCAACGUUUUAUUGACGAUCUAUUUGAUCGAGUACCAAGAAAAAAGUCUCAAAAGGAUGAGGCUUAUUUAAAAAGAAAAAGGGAAGAAAAGGAAGCUAAAGAAACUUUAGCUAAAUCAAAAUCAUACAAGUUGAUUCUCGAUGACUUUAGUUUUGAAGAACCAUCUUCAAAGAAAUCGAAAAAAUCUAAAAAAGACAAAAGUUUACGUAAAAAAGAAAAAUCUAAUGCAUGGGAAAGUGAUUCGGAUGAUAAGAUAUCUAAAAAAAGGGAUGAAUUCGCUAAACGAUUGAGACAAAAAGAUAAAGAAAAAACCAAAAAACUUGUUGAAGACAGAUCUUAUAAGGCAGAAAGUGAUGCUGCUAAAAGACGUAAUCUUGCCGAUGAUGCGGAUGCUCGUAGGAAGGUUCUACCAGACAUUCGUGAGCGUUCUCGUCAAGAAUACUUAAGAGAUCGUACUGAUAAACAAAUGAAAAUGUUAGAAUUAGGAAUCCUUGAUGAAGAUAUGUUAUUCAAAGGUGAAAAACUAACCAAAAAAGAGAUAAGAGAGCUUGAAUUAAAAAAAGAAACCCUCAGGUUAACAAAAGAAAGAUUGAGUCUUUCUGGAAAGACUGAUGAUUAUGCUAUGCCCGAAGAUUAUAUUACGGAAAAAGGAAAAAUAGACAAGAAAAAAAAGGAGACAGUUCUGUAUCAACGUUAUGAAGAGGAUCGUGACCAGAACAAGUUUGUCACAGAUCAAGACCAAUGGGAACAAAAUCAGAUCGUAAAAUCACAAUUAAAAGUUGGAGCGCAGGAUAGAUUAAAACAAGAAGAUCAAUAUGAUUACGUUUUUGACGAUCAGUCCAUAGAAUUUUUAAAUUGGGAUUGGAAAACCAAUAAUGAAGAUGAUGAAAUAAUAGCCAAAAUUGACGAGGCCGAAAAGAAAGCAAAAACUAUUGAAGAAACCCGUAAAUCUUUGCCGAUUUACGCUUUUCGUGAUGAUUUACUUAGUGCCAUAGAAGAAUAUCAAGUUCUGGUUAUCGUAGGAGAGACAGGUUCCGGUAAAACCACUCAGCUACCACAAUAUUUAUAUGAAGCUGGUUAUACCAAGGGCGAUAAAAAAGUUGGUUGCACUCAACCUAGAAGAGUUGCUGCUAUGAGUGUGGCUGCUCGUGUAGCUGAGGAAAUGGGUGUUAAACUUGGAUACGAGGUUGGUUAUUCAAUCCGAUUUGAGGAUUGCACAUCAGACAAGACUAUAAUUAAAUACAUGACUGAUGGUAUGUUACUUCGUGAAUUCUUGACUGAACCUUUAUUAGACGGUUAUAAUUGUCUUAUUAUAGAUGAGGCUCACGAGAGAACUUUACAUACUGAUGUUCUCUUUGGAUUGGUUAAGGAUAUUGCUCGUAGCAGACCUGAUCUAAAACUUUUAAUUUCAAGUGCUACACUAGAUGCUCAAAAAUUCGCGGAUUAUUUUGAUGGAGCUCCGAUCUUUUCUAUCCCAGGAAAGCCUUACCCAGUCCAGGUUUGCUAUACAAAAGCCCCUGAAGCAAACUAUAUUGGUGCUGCUGUUACAACUGUGAUGCAACUACAUAUUACUCAACAGAAAGGUGACAUUUUAGUCUUCUUAACAGGUCAAGAAGAAAUCGAAACUGUACAAGAAAGUUUACAACAAGCUUGUAGGGCCUUAGGUAGCAAAAUAAGGGAGCUUAUAAUAUGUCCAAUUUAUGCUAACCUUCCUCCCGACAUGCAAGGAAAGAUAUUUGAACCAACGCCACCUGGUGCUCGAAAGGUGAUAUUAGCCACAAAUAUUGCAGAGACAUCUAUUACUAUUGACGGUGUCUCUUUUGUUAUUGAUCCAGGAUUUGUUAAACAAAACUUUUAUAGCGCAAAAACACGUAUGGAAUCGUUAGAAGUUGUUACUUGCUCAAGAGCUUCAGCAACACAACGUGCAGGAAGGGCUGGUCGUGUUGGACCGGGACAUUGUUUUAGAUUAUACACAAAACAUGCAUACGCUAAUGAAAUGGAAGAAAAUAAUGUGCCUGAGAUCAAAAGAACUAACUUGGGUCAUGUUGUGUUAUUGUUAAAAAGUAUUGGUAUUCGUGAUGUGAUGAGUUUCGAAUUUAUGGAUCCUCCUCAUGAACAAGCGCUUAUUUCAGCCCUUAAGGAUCUAUCUGAUCUUGGCGCUUUAAAUAAUGAAGGAGAAUUAACUAAACUCGGAAGGCGUAUGGCUGAAUACCCUUUAGAUCCUGUGUUGUCCAAAACUAUAAUAACUUCCGAAAAAUAUCAUUGUUCUGAAGAGGUUAUAUCAAUUAUCAGCAUGCUUAACGUUCAAAGUUCAGUUUUUUAUCGACCAAAAGAUAAAAAAUUUCAUGCCGAUAAAGCGCGUCAAAACUUUACUAAAUCGGGUGGAGAUCAUUUAACGUUAUUGAAUGUAUGGGAACAAUGGGUAGAUACAAAUUAUUCAUUAAGCUGGUGUCACGAGAAUUUCAUUGUAUAUCGUUCAAUGACACGAGCACGAGAUGUUAGAGACCAACUUGUUGGAUUGUGCGAACGUACUGAGGUCAAAUUGGAAUCAAAUCCAAAUCCUGCUGAUAUAGAACCAAUACAAAAAUCUUUUGUUGCAGGAUUUUUUAUGAAUACAGCUAGACUAUUACCAUUUGGUGAUUCUUAUCAAAAGAUUAAAUUUGGGGAAGCCGGAAGAAGAAUACAUAUUCAUCCAAGUAGUUCUUUAUUUCAAACACCACCAAAAUGGGUGCUCUAUUAUGAAUUAGUUGCUACUCAGAAAGAUUAUAUGAGACAAGUUAUGGAAAUACAACCUCAAUGGCUAACAGAAGCCGCACCCGCUUGUUAUACAAAAGCUGAAUUAGAAAAAUUGGAUUCAAAAAAGAAAAUGCCAAAAAAUCAUCAAACUACAGGUUCAUCAUCUUCGAACUUCCAUUAA